AUGCAGAUCUCUCUGCCCCUGACUGUCCCUCCUGCGGGCGUCACGAUCUCUGCCGCUGUGGUGCUGAAGCUCCUCAUCCUCUUCUUCCCUGACACCCCCCUGGCUGCAAACAUGUUUCAUGCCGGCAAAAUGCCGAUCGGGCUGGAGGUGUUGUGGAAGACGGUGCCUGUGGCUCUACUGUUGCUCGGCAUCGCCAAGUGGAUUGUCGACACCAGGAGGAACAAGACUCCUAACUUUGGGCUCAAGAUCACGCUCAUCGGUCUGGCUGGCAUCAUCCUGGGGCGCCUCCUCCUCCUGGACUUUGCCUGGAGAAAGGUGCUCCCCCUGCAGGCCCCCGCAAAAGAAAGCAUGCAGCAGAGGGCGAUGCGCCAGCUGCAUGUACCCUCCAGCCGCGUGAAGCCUGUCGGUCCAUCAGCCGGCUCAUAG